AUGAAAUACGAAGAUGUGAUCAAAGCUGCUGGCGGAUGUGGACGUUACCAAAUUGUUAUGCUCAAUUUUUUGUAUAUCGCCACGGUCUUUGAUGGUAUGCAGAUUGGCAGUAUAGUUUUCAUCAUUUCUGAAAUGAAACAUAGGUGCGCUAUUCCUGAUCUAAGAAAUGACACAUACAAAGUCCAAAGCGAAGCCCAUGGAAAACUUAUUAAUGAAUACAUUCCUGAGGAGACAGUGAACGGGAAACCGUUGUACAGUAGCUGCCAUCUUUAUGUCAACAAAAGUGUUCUGGGGAACCAAACGCUGGGUAAUUGUAGUUCUUGGGUCUAUGACAAAUCAAUAUUUCAGCAAACGAUUAUCAGUGACUUUAAUUUAGUUUGUGACAAAGGGUGGAUCGCCCAACAUAUAUAUACUGUCUUUUUUGGUGGUUAUUUGGUGGCUAUGCUGUCAUGUGGAUGGCUUUCUGAUCGUUUUGGACGCAAAACUGUCAUCGUCGGUGCACUAAUGAUGCAAGGUAUUGCUGGAAUUUUAUCUUCGCAAAUCAGGAACAUCAAUGCCAUUCUCAUAUUACGUUUUCUCACAGCCGUCGGAGGUGCUGGCUCAUUUAUUCCAUCAUGUGUCUUCGGAACUGAACUUUCAUCAAUGAAAAAGAGGACGAAUGCUUCCGUUGCUAUUCAACUGUAUUUCACAUUCGGACUUCUGGUUGUUAAUUUAUUGGCGUAUUAUAUAAGAACAUGGACGCUGAUUGUUCUAUUGGUUUCCUUACCGUCAAUUCCAGCUGCAUUGCUUUAUAUUUGGGUGUUACCAGAGUCACCACGAUGGCUCCUAACCAUGAAAAAGGAAAAGGAAGCAGAAAUCAUUUUGAAUAAAAUGGCCAAAGUUAAUAAGCGUGAUUUCAUUUGCAAGUUAGAAGAAAUAGAAAUAUCAAUGGUCGAAGAUCGGAAUGUUAAGCUAUGGAAAAUAUUCACGAUUCCCCAACUUCUAAAAACGACCCUUAUAAUGACAUUCAACUGGUGCGCGGUUAGUUUUGCGUAUUUUGGAUUAGUGUUAAACACCGAACAUCUGAGUGGAAACAUCUUCCUGAAUUUCUUCUUUGGUGCUCUAGUAGAGGUUCCUGCGUAUCUCACGUGUAUAUUUUUAUUGGACCGUUUCGGCAGAAAAAAGCUAUAUAUUGCCUUCAUGUUUAUCGGGGGAAUUUGCGGAAUCCUAACACUGUUUCCAUUUAUAUACGCUGAAGAUGAUUUACAAUGGACUACAACAUUACUGGCUACUAUAAGCAAGUUGUGCGUUACAGGAUCAUUUGCAAUUGUCUUCCUACACACCUGUGAAUUGUACCCCACCUGUGUGAGAAACGGAGCACUUGGAGCUCUGUCAACCUUUGCCAGAUUUGGUGGUGUCAUUGCUCCAUACAUCAUGAUGAUGCGAGCCCUUGCCGCUGGAAGAUUUGGUGACUCGUUACCUUUGCUGACAAUGGGAAUUGUUUGCAUUUUAGCUGGUGUUUCGUAUUUCUUCCUUCCUGAAACGUGUAACCGACUCAUGAAUGAUACUUUUGAUGAUCUUAGCAGACGAAAUACUGGGUCUAUAAGGGAAAAGGAUGAAUAUCAAUUAGAAGCUAAGACUGCUUUGAAUCGCUCGAUAUAA